GACUUACUGGCUUAUGGGUCGUAACUCGGAAUGGUUACACUACCACUAUUUCUGGCAUAUAUUAAGGUCAAAUUAAUUUAUGUGUAAACCAUUUACAUAUUUCCAAUGGACAUUGGGAUGCUUAUGGAUGUAUUACAAGAUAGCAAUUACAGAUGCACGUAUAUAUAAAUAUAAGUACAAAAAUAUGCCUUAUUUAUCCUUCAGUUAAUUUCUCAACUAACUUACUCUGCAAAAGCUCUUGAGACGGUUCUCAGUUUUGUUUUUUAACUGGUUCAACUGCUACAAUGAAAAGAUUCGACUCAUAAGAACAAAAAUAUGUUCACGAUUCAGACAACUCUCUCUCUCUCUGAUCAACAAACAGUGUUGAAAUCAUGGCUGAGACAGUCUUAGCGGGUACUGGACUGGCACAGCGUGUACUGAUGUUACUCGGUAUUCGUAGUCUCUUCUACAAUGUUUUCUGUUUCUUGGACAAGACAUUGAGAUCAUGGUGGUUCGCUGGCUGGCUGCCCUCCUGGAGCCCGACAUCUCAGAGCCAACUGAAGGAGGCAGAAGAGAAGAUGCUGCAGUACAUCACAAGCAAGUUCUGCAGGCAGUUUGUCCACAUAUCUGACAAAAACUUACUGUGGACAUUGAUAUUUAAGGGGCCAACAGAAAAUAAGACCCCUCUGGUGCUGCUGCAUGGAUUUGGGGGCGGUGUGGGACUCUGGGCACUGAACCUGGACUCUCUCUCUCAGCAGAGGCCCGUUUAUGCCUUCGACAUGCUGGGCUUUGGCCAGAGCAGCAGACCUCACUUCAAUACGGAUGCACAGGAGGCUGAACUCCAGUUUGUGGAGUCCAUUGAACAGUGGAGGGAGAAACUGGGUCUGGAAAGUAUGAUUAUGUUAGGCCAUAACUUAGGAGGAUAUCUGGCUGCAUCCUACGCUAUCACAUACCCAACCAGAGUAAAGCACCUGAUUCUGGUGGAACCGUGGGGUUUUCCAGAGCGUCCAGGCGACUCAGGAGACCAAGAUAGACCCAUUCCUAUGUGGAUCAAAGCUAUAGGGGCAAUGCUGAGCCCUUUCAACCCUCUCGCUGGUCUCAGAUUGGUUGGGCCUUUAGGUCCCACACUUGUGCAGACUCUGAGACCAGACUUUAAAAAGAAAUUUGCAGCUAUAUUUAAUGACAACAGAGUGACAGAAUAUAUUUACCAUCUUAAUGUCCAAAGUCCAAGUGGUGAAACAGCCUUUAAAAACAUGACCAUUCCGUAUGGCUGGGCAAAGAUGCCCAUGCUGCAGAGAAUUGGCCUGAUUCACAGCGACAUCCCCAUUAUGGUGAUCUAUGGCUCACGCUCCAGCAUAGAUGGCCACUCCGGCAAUUCAAUCAAAGAAAUGAGGCCAAACUCCCAUGUAGAGAUCAUUGCCAUACGAGGUGCAGGACAUUAUGUGUAUGCUGACCAUCCAGAGGAUUUCAACCAGAAGAUACUUCAUGUCUGUGAAACAAUAAGCUGAAGAGUGAUGAUGAAGGUACUUCCUGUCAGGAACUCUUCAUACGUGGCUUUCUGCAGAAGUGUGUAUCUCAACAUUAGCUUGUGCAUGUCAUGAUCUUCACUGCUUCCUAAUUUUGGACCUGAGAGUCUAGAAGCCUUUGUUUUGCACUACUACUGACUUUUUACUACUGUUUGCAUGUCACAUAAUUAUGACAUGAUGAUGUGAAAAAUUAAAAAAUGUGAAAAAUUAAAAUGUUUAUAUUUUUACAAAAAUCUAUUUAUCUUUGAUUUUGGUAUAAAUAA